AUGGGCCUUAACGACCUCUGCCUGGAGCAUGUGCUGCAGUACCUCGAGUUGGAGGACCAGAUUCACUUCGCCAGAAGCUGCCUGUGCUUCAGGGGCGUCUACCAGUUGGCCACCGCCAGGCUUCACAAGACGAUGCACCUGACCCAGUUCAAGGGCAUGACCGUCUGGGACAUGCGCGACUUCUUCAAGCUGUCCGGUUGCCAUGUUCAACAUUUGGUGGGCUCAACGAACACGACACGCUCGCAACGGCUCUGGAAACGAAAUAUCAGCGACGGCUCUCUCUUGGCCCUGCGAAGUCUGCGCAGCUUGAAGACGCUCACGCUGGAUGGCAAUCCUUUGCACGGCGAUACCCUGCCCAAAUUGCCGACCACCAUCGAGUCCUUGUCGCUAAACGAGUGCAAGGAACUUAGGGGCGUCUGCCUCACCAAGACUUUCAAGGCGCUUCCCCAGCUGAAGGAGCUCAGCAUUAAGAAUACAUUCACCAUUGGUUCUGAGUUCUUCCAAACCAUUAUCAAGGACAACUCAUGUGCUUUGCUGGAGACCCUGCGAAUCACUGCCACCGGGGGAGGGAACUACGAGUUGGUAGCCCAACUGCCCAGCCUGAAGCACCUGUUUGUCUCUACAGGCACGUAUGAUUAUAGCCCGUUGCGCAAGGAGCUCUUCGAGCAGCUGGUUAAGCAUAAGGCGGAGCAAUUGGAGCGACUGGAAAUAACUGGUAGCGCCGUGCUGACCACGGAAAUGCUUGUUCACAUUUCCAAACUAGUCGGGCUGCACACUCUCUGCCUUAACCCUAUCUGCCUGGACAGGGUUCUGGGCAAGUUCUCUAGUCUCGUCAAGCUGGAGCAGUUAACCCUCGGGCAAUCGAAUAGCGUUAGCGACUCUGCGCUCCUGAAGUUGUUCAAUUCCUGCCGUAAGCUUAACAUUUUGGAGGUGGAUAGGGAACUCAACCUGGAAAAGCUGCUUCCCGGCAUCGUGGCCCAGGUGCGCAAGGAGAUGGCCAACAAGGAGCUGCUCCGGAAGCUACCUAUCCAGCUAAGGACCUAUUUCGUAAGCAGCAGCAUCUGGUAGCUAGUAGCUAGAUACCCGGAAAAGGUUUAUCAAGACUUGACCACAAUGGUCAACUUCUAAUAUGAAAUUAAAACCUAAAGUUAGAGACCUAUUUUACUAGUUCAAAGUCCAACCUUAAAACGUUUUUGAUUUUAGCAAAUGAGCGCAACGCA